UUAUUUGAAUUGUUAUUUGUGCUCCAAUCCUUCAACAUGAAGACUUUCUCGUGUUGGAGCACAGAGAUCCCAUUUUUUUUUCUCUUUUCUUUGGAGUCUCAAGUUGAACUUUAUCAUCCUCCUCCUCCUCCUCAUCUUCCUCCUGCAUCUCUCCUUCCCCAUCUUCUUUGUGAAAGAAUUAUAUAGACUUGUUUAAACAAGAAUCCAAUCUUUCCUUCUUUUUAUUUGUUUGUUUGUUUUCUGAAUAAAUUUUUUGAGUUUUUCCCAAAAACCCAAGCUUUUCUUCUUGUUUUCUCUCAAUUGUCUGUCAAAAGAAAGAAUCUCAUACAGUUGUCAAACAAAUCCCAUAUUUUAUUCUCUUUGUGCUUUUCUUUAAUAAAUUUUGUGUGUCUUUUAAAAGCCCAAUCUUUUCUUCUUCUUCUUCUUUGCAGAAAACUAGAGCUAGCAAGUGAUAAAAAUCCAAUCUUUUUCCUCACUUCCAUUUCUCAACACUAAAACCAACAAUGAGGAGACGUCAAGGAAAGAUCAGUGGCCUCCUCAACAACCGCUGGUUGGUCUUUGUAGCAGCAAUGUGGGUACAAGCCUGCGCCGGCAUUGGCUACCUAUUUGGGAGCAUCUCUCCCGUAAUCAAAGCAUCUUUGGGCUAUAACCAGCGCCAGCUUGCUUCUCUUGGCGUCGCAAAGGAUUUGGGGGAUAGCGUAGGGUUUCUCGCCGGCGCGCUCUGCGAGAUUUUGCCUCUUUGGGCGGCGAUGCUCGUCGGAGCUCUGCAGAACUUUGUUGGCUAUGGCUGGGUUUGGCUCAUUGUGACUGGCAGGCUCCCUGCCUUGCCUUUGUGGGCUAUGUGUGUUCUUAUCUUUGUGGGAACAAAUGGGGAGACAUAUUUCAACACGGCAGCAUUAGUUUCAUGCGUACAAAACUUUCCGAAAAACAGGGGCCCCAUAGUUGGCAUUCUGAAAGGAUUUGCCGGUUUGAGUGGUGCAAUAUUAACUCAAGUGUAUGCGAUGAUACACAUUCCCAAUCAUGCAGCUCUCAUCUUCAUGGUGGCAGUUGGACCAUCGAUGGUGGUUAUCGCUUUGAUGUUCAUUGUUCGACCAGUGGGCGGCCAUAGACAAGUACGACCUUCCGAUAAAUCUAGCUUCAUGUUUGUUUAUAGUGUCUGCUUGGUUCUCGCCUCGUAUUUAAUGGCCAUCAUGCUUUUAGAAGAUCUCGUCGACUUGAGCCAUUCGUUGAUUGUUGUGCUCACGAUUGUAUUGUUUUGUCUGCUGUUAGUUCCCAUUGUCAUUCCUUUACUUUUGACAUUUUAUCUCGACGGAACAUCUCCCGUUGAAGAGUGUCUAUUGCCAGAAACCCAUCAAGCCGAGCCAAGCAAGUUAGCACAAAAUGCUGAACAAAAUGAGGUUAUUCUUAGUGAGGUAGAGGAUGAAAAGCCGAAGGAUGUGGACUUGCUUCCGGCAUUAGAAAGGCAAAAGCGGAUCGCUCGAUUGCAAGCAAAACUAUUCCAAGCUGCGGCCGUUGGAGCUGUUAGAGUCAAGAGGAUCAAAGGGCCACACCGGGGCGAGGAUUUUACAUUGAUGCAAGCACUUAUCAAAGCUGAUUUUUGGCUCAUUUUCAUUUCGCUUUUGUUGGGAGCGGGUUCUGGUUUAACUGUCAUCGACAAUUUAGGCCAGAUGAGCCAAUCUUUGGGUUAUGAAGAAACGCACAUUUUUGUGUCAAUGAUCAGCAUUUGGAACUUUCUUGGUCGCAUCGGUGGUGGAUAUUUUUCUGAAAUUAUUGUGAGAGACCACACGUACCCGAGACCAGUGGCUUUAGCGGGUGCUCAAGUUCUAAUGGCAAUAGGCCAUUUCCUCUUCGCUAUGGCUUGGCCGGGAACUAUGUACAUCGGUACAUUACUUAUUGGACUCGGAUACGGAGCUCAUUGGGCAAUCGUACCAGCUGCUGCAUCUGAAUUAUUCGGCUUGAAAAACUUUGGAGUUUUAUAUAACUUCCUCACGAUCGCUAAUCCCGCCGGUUCAUUAAUCUUUUCAGGUCUAAUUGCUAGUUCAAUCUAUGAUUAUGAAGCUGAGAAACAGUCACAUGAACAUCACAUUGGACUGAAAUUGACUGGGAAAUUACUGUAUGAUAGCCCAUUGAAGUGCGAAGGCGCGAUAUGUUUUUUCCUCACUUCAUUGAUAAUGUCGGGAUUGUGCCUCAUCGCGGUUGUCUUAAGCAUGAUUCUUGUUUAUAGAACGAAAAUUGUCUAUGCCAAUCUAUAUGGAAAAUCGCGAACAUGAAAUGCUCUACGCCAUCGAUCAAGACGACACCAUUUAGCUACAUUUUCACAAUUGAUGAGAUUUGCUCAGAGAUUUUCAUUUAAAGAUGUAAGAUGUAAAUUAUUUUUAUGUGAAUGUGAGAAGCUGUUGUAUGUUUGUUCUUGUUUGUUUAUAAUCUACAUUUGUGACAAAAAAAUUUAAUGAAAACAAUAUUGUGUGA